GCAGCGGCGGCACCAUGGAGACCCCGGGCUAGGGCCGGGCGCGCGGCGCGGCGGGGGCUGCGCUGGGCCCGUCCGCGCCCGGACCCCGCCGGCGCCUGCAUCUGCGCGGCAACAUGCCAGCUCCUGAGCAGACCCCUUCGGUGGAGGAGGGGCUCCAGCAGACCACCCAGGAAACUUCAUCAGGCCCAGGAAUGGAAUCAGAGACCACUGCCACAACCAUUCUGGCUUCUGUAAAAGAACAGGAGCUGCAGUUUCAAAGACUCACCAGAGAACUGGAGGUGGAGAGGCAAAUUGUUGCUAGUCAACUAGAAAGAUGUAGACUCGGAGCAGAAUCACCGAGCAUUGCCAGCACAAGCUCUACUGAGAAGUCGUUUCCUUGGAGAUCAGCAGAUGCGCCAAAUGCAGGUGUAAGCAAAUCUAGAGCAUCUGACAACAUCCAUACCAAUACUUACCACAUUAGAUCAGAACCAGAACAAGGCAAUCUCUACUCACCAGAACAGACAUCUCUUCAUGAAAUUUGUUCUCAUACUGGUUUGAUUUCUACAGGGUCAGUAGGUAACUCAAGAAGUUCAACACAAAUGAAUUCUUACUCUGAUAGUGGUUACCAGGAAGUAAGCAGUUUCCAUAACAGCCAGAACUUGGGCAAAUCAGAAAAUAGACAGCAGCAUUCAUUUAUUGGAACAACGAAUAAUCAUGUGGUGAGAAGCUCACGUGCUGAAGGACAAACAUUAGUUCAGCCAUCAGUAAAUAUUGCUGCCAACCGAGCCAUGAGACGUGUUAGUUCAGUUCCAUCCAGAGCACAGUCUCCUUCGUAUGUUGUCAGCACAGGUGUGUCACCUUCAAGGGGAUCACUGAGAACUUCUUUAGGAAGUGGAUAUGGCUCUCCAUCAGUUACUGAAUCUCGACCCCUAACUUCUAAUGCAUAUUCAUCUACUACAUUACCAGUGCAGCGAGCAGCAUCUCCAUAUUCAACACAGAGACCCGCUUCACCAACAGCUGUGCGGCGAAUCAGUUCGGUUACAUCGAGGCAAACAGCCAGUCCCAAUGGAGGAACUUCUCAGUACCAAACAUCAGCAAGAGUUGGCUCACCUCUUGCCCUCACUGAUGCACAAACAAGAGUAGCUUCUCCAUCCCAAUCCCAGAUAACAUCUUCUUCCCCAAAACGCUCUGGCAUGACUGCAGUACCACAACAUUUGGGAACAGCAUUACAAAGAACAAUUCAUGAUAUAGACCAGUAUGGGCAACAGUUUGAUAUCUAUGAGAGAAUGGUCCCUCCACGUCCAGAUAGCCUUACAGGCUUGCGAAGUUCAUAUGCUAGUCAGCACAGUCAGCUUGGGCAAGAAUUACGUUCAACUGUAUCUCCUGAGUUACAUAUUACUCCCAUAUAUGAAGGCAGAACCUAUUACAGUCCUGUGUACCGGAGUCCAAAUCAUGGAACAGUGGAGUUACACCAGGGGUCCCAGUCUGCAUUAUAUCGAACUGGAUCAGGUUUUGGAAAUCUGCAACGGUCAUCCAGUCAACGUAGCACACUUACAUACCAAAGAAAUAAUUAUGCUCUGAACACAGCAGCUACCUAUGCGGAACCCUACAGGUCAAUGCCUUACCGACUGUCAGAAUCCAGUUAUAACAGGCUGCAACAUGCAACACCAGCUGAUGAUGGUACAACAAGAUCUCCAUCCAUAGACAGCAUCCAGAAAGACCCUAGGGAGUUUGCCUGGAGAGAUCCAGAAUUGCCUGAAGUCAUUCACAUGCUUCAACACCAGUUCCCAUCAGUUCAAGCAAAUGCGGCAGCCUACCUUCAGCACCUGUGCUUUGGAGAUAACAAAGUAAAAACAGAGGUCUGUAGAUUAGGAGGAAUCAAGCACCUUGUUGACCUUCUGGAUCAUAGGGUCCUCGAAGUUCAGAAAAAUGCUUGUGGCGCACUGCGAAACCUUGUUUAUGGAAAAUCUACUGAUGAAAAUAAAAUAGCAAUGAAGAAUGUUGGUGGGAUACCUGCCCUUUUGCGAUUGUUAAGAAAAUCUAUUGAUGCAGAAAUAAAAGAACUUGUAACAGGAGUUCUUUGGAACUUAUCCUCAUGUGAUGCAGUAAAAAUGACAAUCAUUAGAGAUGCUCUGUCUACGCUAACAAACACUGUGAUAGUUCCACAUUCUGGAUGGAAUAAUUCUGCCUUUGAUGAUGAUCAUAAAAUUAAAUUCCAGACUUCUCUAGUUCUACGCAAUACCACAGGAUGCCUGAGGAACCUAAGCUCUGCAGGAGAAGAAGCACGGAAACAGAUGAGGUCUUGUGAAGGACUGGUUGAUUCUUUGCUGUAUGUGAUUCACACGUGUGUGAACACAUCAGACUAUGACAGCAAGACAGUGGAGAACUGUGUGUGCACACUGAGAAACCUGUCCUAUCGUCUAGAAUUGGAGGUACCUCAGGCACGCCUACUGGGUAUUAAUGAACUGGAUGACUUGCUAGGGAAAGAAUCACCAAGUAAAGAUGCAGAACCAAGCUGCUGGGGAAAAAAGAAGAAGAAGAAAAAAAGAACUUCACAAGAAGAUCAGUGGGAUGGAGUUGGCCCUAUACCAGGAUUUUCUAAGUCUCCCAAAGGGGUGGAAAUGCUGUGGCAUCCAUCUGUGGUAAAACCAUAUCUAACACUUCUAGCAGAAAGCUCUAACCCAGCCACUCUAGAGGGUUCUGCAGGAUCUCUCCAGAACCUUUCUGCAGGCAACUGGAAGUUUGCAGCAUAUAUUCGAGCUGCUGUCAGAAAAGAAAAAGGACUUCCAAUUCUUGUAGAACUGCUGAGAAUGGAUAAUGAUAGAGUUGUUUCUUCUGUUGCAACUGCCUUAAGGAACAUGGCGCUAGAUGUUCGCAACAAGGAGCUGAUUGGUAAAUAUGCCAUGCGAGAUCUGGUGAAUCGCCUUCCAGGAGGCAAUGGCACAAGCAUAUUAUCUGAUGAGACUGUAGCAGCAAUCUGUUGUGCUUUGCAUGAGGUCACCAGUAAGAACAUGGAAAAUGCCAAAGCUUUGGCUGACACGGGAGGAAUAGAAAAACUUGUGAACAUAACAAAAGGAAGGGGUGACAGAUCAUCAUUGAAAGUGGUCAAGGCAGCAGCCCAGGUAUUGAAUACAUUAUGGCAAUACCGAGACCUCCGUAGCAUUUAUAAAAAGGAUGGGUGGAAUCAGAGUCAUUUUAUUACACCAGUAUCAACAUUAGAGCGUGACAGAUUCAAAUCACAUCCUUCUUUGUCUACAACCAAUCAGCAGAUGUCACCUAUCAUACAGUCAGUUGGCAGCACAUCUUCAUCGCCAGCACUGUUAGGAAUUAGAGAACCUCGUUCAGAAUACGAUAGGACGCAAACUUCUAUGCAGUAUUACAAUAACCAAGGUGAUGUCAUUACACAUAAGGAUAUGUAUACUGGGUCCAGCAAAGCUUCACCAAUUUACAUCAGUUCCUAUUCCUCACCAGCAAGAGAACAAAAUAGACGGCUACAGCAUCAGCAGUUAUACUACAGUCAAGAUGACACCAACAGAAAAAACUACGACACAUACAGAUUAUAUUUGCAAUCCCCACAUAGCUAUGAGGACCCAUAUUUUGACGACCGAGUUCAUUUUCCAGCUACUUCUGAUUACACAACACAAUACGGACUGAAGUCAACCACAAAUUAUGUAGACUUCUAUUCCACUAGACCUUCUUAUAGAGCAGAACAGUACCCAGGUUCUCCUGACUCUUGGGUGUAGCACCAGAAAGUUACACAGAGAAACAUUCUAUCUUUCUAAUAUUGCUUGAGAAGAAAAGGAAUGGCCUGUUUGCUAUUUUGAUGAUGAAAUGUGGAAGUGAAAUAAAAGAAGGCACAAGGAAGAGCUUUUUACAAGGAAUUAUCAGGAAGGUGUGAGAGAAAUUGGAAGGGAGGUCUUUAUGCUCUGUUUAGAUGUUAGAUCUAAUUACUUGUAGCUCCUGUAGUCUGGUGAAGGUGUGGGCGAUGUGAUGAAAGGUUUGAGAAUUGAGGAACAUGAAUUUGGGAAACGUGUAGAUCAGAUCAAAUUAAAGCUGAUUUUUUUUAAUGUGAAUAAAAGUCUUGCUCUGAAAGUUUGUACAGAAAAAAUAAAAUGGAUGCCCUUGUUUUAUUGCUAUUACUACAUGUCACGAUUGUAUGCUAUUACGUCUUGUACAUUUUUUCUGUUGGUGUAAAUAUGGAAAUGCGACAUUGGUUAAAAGUGCCAUCAUUUGUAAUGAAGUGUGUCAUUUUAACACAGAUUAGAAAAGAUGACAUCUAGAAACUGAGACACAGAAAAUCCAAGGAACUGUUAUAAAUUGAAAAAAAAAUAUCAUUUUUGGUUUUUAAAAUACCAGUGUAAUUUUGAAGCACAAAGUACAGUCCAGUAUAUCUACACCUCUCCCAUUCCCUGCCUCUUUCAUAGGUUACUCCACUGCCAUUUUCUAUGCACAUGGAAGAAAAAUAAAUGUGGAAGUCUCAUCCAUGUAAAGUUGUUCCCUGCUCAUUUUUACUUUCUGUGUGUAAUUUCAAAAGCAAAUUCAGCAAAUGUUAAUCUAAUUGCUAGGGACUUACUUAACUCAUGGCCAGAAAAAAGGAAUUUUUGUGGCUUGGUUGUAGUACAAAGAGCCGAUUUCGCGAGCAUUUUCCAGCAGCUCUGCCCCAUACCACUAAUUGGCAGAGGCCCCAGGAGGGAUGAGGGGAUGGCCGCCAUCUGGGCUGCUGGCUGCCCUUUGUGUGGCCCUGCUCCUUGCUUCUGAUUGGCAGAGAGGCCCCAGCAGGGAGGGGGCAGCCGCUAUCGUGGCUGCUGGCUGCUGUUCAUGCCACCCUGCCAGCCAGCACCUUCCCCCCCUGGGUAGGCUGCAAUGGCAGUGAGGACUGCUGGCUCCCACUGGGGAGCUAGCAUUUUAUUUUAUUUGUCUGAGUUGAUUUUGUGGGAAGUUGUGGAUUUUGCUGUUUCUGUGAAAUCGCGAAUUAAGUAGGUCCCUAUUAAUUGCAUGUUGUAAGCAGCUUAAAUAUAUCACAGUUUUGGCCAUUUUCCAAGUUUUCUGCAAUUCAUACAUUUCCUAUUUGUAAAGUAGCAGCUAAAGCAUGAAAUUAUAUAUGUUCCUCCCUUGUUUUUCUUCUAAACUAAUAUUUUCACUUAGUAUUGUGAAUCCAAGAAUUUUCAGUUUUAUCUUGGUUUUUGCAGAAAAAGAUAGAUUUCCCUUAACAAGAAUAUAUAGUCAGCAGUCUGGUACACGUUCAACUUCCUCUAUUUGCAGUUUUUGUCCAAAAAAAAAAAAAACCACCACUCAAUCAUGCAUCUUCCCCUGACUAUAGAUGCAACUAGAUUAUAAUAAUUCAUGAUAACUUGUCUUCACUGUCCUUUUCAGACAGAUUUCAAAGCGCUUUACAAGGAUUUCCCAUUUCACUGAUAGGAUCAUUGAGAAAAGUGAACGGAAUUGCUUAAGGUCACACAACAAGCCAGUAGUUCGAGAACCCAGGUUCUCACACGCUGGGCACAUCUACACAAGAUGCUACAUUGCCAUAGCGAUAAGCUAUGGCAGUGUAGCUCAUGGCUAUAGCAACAUAGCAUCAGCAGGCACUAAUCGUGAUGCUGCCAUUACUGCAGAGUAGCUCAUUGCUGCUGUGCUAUAGGGUCAAAAACAACCCAUGUGCCGCAAUCAGGGACAACUGUGCAAUCAGGGGCAUGUGUAGAUGCACCCACUAUUUAUCAGAUUACAUCUGCCUCUUCAGUAAACAAGUGCCAAGAAAUGAAAGAAAAAUUCCCACUAAAAUAACAAAAACUCAGACCAAACUCUGACUCCAUUACAGCCAUGCACUCUCCCCCCUCAUUAUUGUUGCAUAGGAGCCACUGAGGACAGAAUUUCUCUUCCUGUCUUGAGAUGGUGCCUUCUUUCUCCAAGGAGAUCUUUUAACACAGAAUAGGUCUUCACUUUGAAUUCACUGUCUGUCAGAACCACUCCCCAGCAGAUCUUUUAGCAGACUUUUGCUUCACUGCCAUUAGAGUAAGAUACAAGCUCUUGGGUACAAAGAAUAUGACCCAACAGGCAUUAAUUUCACAGGCAACCAUAUGAGUGACUCUUAUUUAUAUAUUGUCUUAAUGAAAUAAAAGUUAAAUGCCAAAUACUAUGUUGGUGUGCUCCGGUGCUGUACUCUUCAUGAGGAGAGUCUUGAGGUAAAUUAUAAGAGAACUUAACUGAAGUAACAAUUUGAAAGUGUUAGCAAGAUAUUCCAAGAUCUUCAGCCAGCAUCUUUUUAGCUUGGUAACAUUCUGCUUGUCCUGGGAAGAUUAAUAAAUUAGUCGAUCAUUUUGCACCCUGACACUAAGUGUUCCUGUGCAGAUGGCCACAGCCCAUCUUGUAUCAAUGUCACUCUGAAAAAAUGAUGGAGGAGACCAUCUGAGGGGUAAAUGGCCAUGUGCUGCAGUGAUUCUUUGCUGAGACUAAGUUCUAUCAAGUUCAAAUGCAAGAGACAAAGGAAAUCCCCCAGUCCUGCAGCUCCUGUGCUGUUACAUUGAUUCAAGCUGUUCAUUUGCUUCCAUUUUAUUGGUCUCAUUUAUUUAUGUAUUUUUUACACAUUGUUAUGUCUUGGUACUAUACCAAUUAAAAUGAUCUGUACAGUAAA